GCAGGUAUUAUUCAUUUUCUAAGUAAAGUACAUUCAUAUUAUUUUUUAAAUGAAACUAGUGUAGAUUGGUGUAGCGUAUUGCGAAUAUUGUGUACCUAUAAUCAACAAAGAGUCUACAAAAUGAAAAUAAAUCGAUUGUUAACAACGUCGGUAAGCAUUUUUGAGUAAUUUUUUUUUUUUUUAAUAUAUGUUAAAAUUACGAAUGAAAUUAUAUUUUAAAUUCUGAAUGGAGUGAAGAAGCUUAUGGCUUUACAAAGAUGUUUAUUUUUUUUAUUAUAAUUAUAAUAAUUUUUUUUUUUUUCUAUCAGUAAACAACUUUUUUUACAAACAAUUUUGAUCUAACUUUUAAUGGUAGCAAUAUUUCUAAAAGUAAAUUUUACUAGGGACAUACUCUAAAGAGGUCAUUUUUUCGAUUUUUUCAUCAGUUUUCCAAACAAAUGCGAAAAACCGAGAUAAACAUGGGAAAACCGGGUAAAAGAUAGGAAAAAUGGGAAAGUCGGUACCGCAUUAAACAAAUAUUAUUAAAGAAUAUAUAUAGUUGCUAUUCAAUUAUUUUAAUAUAAUAUGCCAAAUAUAUUAUUGACAAAGCAUCACUAUCAACUGAACUCCGCUUAGAAUCGUUUUUUGUAAGCAAUGUUUUAUCGUUGCUUACAGGUAUGCAUUUAAUUACUAUAUGCAUCCUAUCUUUCUAACUUUUUACCUACGCCAGUGGCAGCGUCCGUCCCCAUCUUACCUUUUUUUAAAAAAUAAUUAAGUUUACGCGAAACGUCGCAUUUUCUAACUGCAAUGCAGCCACUGUUGUAGGUGAGAAGUUGAAAAGGUAGGAUAUUGAUAGAAAUUUAAUAUAAAUCUGUAAGCAAGGAUAAACCAUUGCUAACGAAAAAACGAUUCUGAGCGGAGUUCAGUUGAUAAUGUUGCUUUAUCAACAACACAAUAUAUGGUAUUUAUCAUAUGAUGGUAAAAUGAUUACAACAAUGUGCGUUUAUACGACAACAAUGAUUGUUUAAUUGCGGGUUGAAUUUUUACCCCAAAAAACCUAUUAUUACUACAUUUCUUUAGUUAUACCUAGUCAUUAUUUGGGCAAUCUUUUCGAGAGUCGUGACCGAUAUAAAUACCAUAACAAUUUACCACGAAUCUCAGAUGUUCACUGGUGAUGUUGGCAAAACUAAAUUUUCAACCCCCUCACAUGCCAUUAAGUUCUGCGCAUGCUUAUGCUGUAAUUGAAGAAUGUCAGAUUUGUCAAUAGUGUGUAUCAAGUCUGAAAUAUUUAAAGAUAUAAAGGAAAAAGAACUUGAUCAUAAAUUUGCUAGAUCAAAUAAAAUCAAUGGAAGAAACGUUUUUUUUUUUUAAUAAGACUUUUAUAAACAUUAUAAGUUUCUUUUUUACAUUACAUUGUAUUCAUUUACCUAUAGGCCAUAAAUAUCAAAAUAUAUAUGUGUGUGUGUAUACAAUUUAUAUUGCGUAUUGUUUAAUGUUCAAAAACAGUUGAAUUAUAAAAUAAUAUAAUAAUGUUUUAAAUUUGUAGUUUUUUUUAGGGAACGAAAGUAAUCAAAUUUGUAUUAAGUUGUUUCGCAUAGUAGCAUAUAGUAUUACAUGUAAUACUAAAUAUUAUAUUUUUUAUAUUUUGUAUAUGCUCUAGGGUGGAUCUAAACUUUAAUCCAGCCCUGUUCGUGAGAAACCCUGUUUACGGGAUGCUCCACGAAAAUAUACUUCUUGAAUAACUUUGGAGAUAAUAUAUAUAAUCAAAUUCUGUUUUUUUUUUUUUUUUAUUAUAACUCAUAAAUAUGAGGAGUACAAAUACUUAUUUUAAAAUCAAUUUUUUUUUUUUUUUAAUAAACUAUUUAAAAAAAUAAGUUUAUUUCAUUAUUAGCGGGAAAUAUUAAAUAGCCAUUCUGUAGAGUUUAUUUUUUGAAAACUUUAACGUAUCACACAUUAUUAUCCCAUGAAAAUUAGGUAACAGCCGUUUUUAAUUCUACUAAUCCGUGUAAAAACCAUUGCUAUCUCAUAAAGCGAUUAGGUUAUAUAGCCACAUAAUGUAUCGUUUUUCGUUAGCAAAGGUUAAUCGUUGCGUAUAGAUAUACAUUAUAUUUCCCCUAUAUCUACCGAACUUCUCACUUACAACAGUGGCCUAUCCAAAUGCAAAGUAUUUCCGUCUUUUUUUAUUAUAUAAUGAUAUCGUUGUAUCUGUAAAGUAUAGAAGUGUUUUGUAAUUUAAAUCAAUAUUAAUGUUCGUAUUUUGUUUAAAAAUAACUCAUCAAAAUUCUAGUACCUACCUAAUAUCGAAUUUAUAGAUUUUUAUAAUCUCCCUUUUCCAAUUAUAAUAAAUAUUAUGUAUAUACUAAAUACAUACUAAAUUAAUUAGGAUUCUUUAGCUAUAAUAUUUUUAAAUUACGUGGAUAAUAAUUUAAGUGUAUAUUAUAAUUAUAUAUUCUUUAAAUGUCUUCUUUUCUUUUGCAAAACUAGGUUAUGAUACUGAUGAUACAAUUAUACCGUGUGGAAGCCCAAAACCAAGAAAAAAAGCUAUGUUCUUCGUCGAUGGAAUACCUAUUCGAAAAUGAUUUUGAUAAAAAAAAAAUUGCAUACAUUUUCAAUGAACAGCAGAGACUUAGUAGGUCCAGGAAAAUUUUUAAGGGAAAACCGCCAAAGCCGUUUUUGGCAGAGACGCUACACGAACAACUUGUCGAUCGUUAUAAAUCUGGAAAAUGCCAACAACAAAUUAAAGAUUUUAAUGUAUUUAAUGAAAUGUAUACAAAACAGAUUCCAUAUGAAAAGGACCUAAAGUGCGAUUGGAUCAGACCUAAAAUACCAAAUACAUUAGAAGGUAUAUGCGAGCGUGGUAUUGGGCAAUAUUUAUUGCAGCACGGAACUCGUGUGUACCACCAUUUUCUCAAAUAUUUAGCACGACAUCCGAAUAGAAAGAACGAAAAAAAGAUUCCAAAAAAAGAUCAAAAACAUUGGAUAAAUUAUAAAAAAUGGAUAGAACGGUUGUCAAAAUGUCCGGUUUUAGGAAAAGGUUUUAUGUUAAUAGGAGAACAAUAUAUCAAUGCGUAUUACUACAGAAAGGGUUGCAAUACUAUUGUACACGUUUAUAAUGCCUUUUAUGAUUUUUUCAUGGAAAAAUAUAAAAAUAUUAAUCCAGGAAAAAAAUAUAAUUAUAUUCGCCAUAGUUGUGAUUUGUUCCAACGGCUAAAUUCCACUCAUCGCUUUAUGAAAAAAUGAGAAAAUUUUUCCGAUAAAUCAAAAGAGAAGUAGAUCUAAAAUUAGAUAAUUCUCAUUUAUAGUUAACCAUUAUCUUUGUCACCUUGACUUUAGAAGGGAGUGAAACAAAAAAUUAGCUUUAAUAUUCGUAUAGUACCCUAUAAUAAUAAUUUAAUAAAUAGAUGAAAUUUUAGUUUUUAUGCAUUUUGGUGUUCCUAUAUAAAAUUUCUGUUAACCCGAUAACGCGAUGUUCCAUUUUAAAGUAUAGGCAGUGGAAAAGUAAUGCACUCAUCGUUUAUACCAUUGUCUUGUGAGGCGAGGUGUUUGAAUUAUACUCCACUGCUCUCCCAUUACCCAAUCGUAUAUGUGGAGUUUGGAAUCUCAUCUAAGAUUUUUGCGGAAAUUAAUAAAUGUCAACUUCAAGUAUAUUUGCUAAAAAUAUUAUAUUUUAUUAAAAUAUAAAUAAUUAAUAAUUUAAAAUUUAGUUAACUUUAUCUGUUGAUUUUUUUUACACGUAUGACUGCCAUAUACAACGUUUAAAACUACAUGUUAAUUGUAUUAUUGUCGGAAGUUAAAUUUAGUGUGUAUUAAAUAUACUUUUUUAUUAUUGAGUUUGAUGAAAUAAAUAA